AUGGCGGCGGCGUUCGAAGAGAUGGGCGUUUUGCCCGAAAUAGGUAAAGCCAUCGAGGAAAUGGACUGGCUGUUGCCUACGGACGUCCAAGCGGAAGCAAUACCUCUAAUUCUUGGCGGUGGCGAUGUGUUAAUGGCCGCGGAGACUGGUAGCGGUAAAACGGGAGCGUUUUGUUUACCGGUUAUUCAAAUAGUGUGGGAAACACUCAAACAAUCUGGUAAACACCGGGAUAGCUUACCGGGGAAGAUGUCUGGUGUCACAGAUCCCUGGGCUAUGAGUGUGUGGGAUCGUUCGUCUGCUGUGGCCGUAACGCCAGACGGUAACAAAUGUCAAUCAAGAGAGCAAAAGGAUUGGCACGGUUGUAGAGCUACCAAAGGCGUUAAAAAUUCGGGAAAAUAUUAUUUCGAAACAACUGUCACCGAUGAAGGUCUUUGUCGAGUCGGCUGGUCUACUCCGGGAGCCGUGUUAGAUUUGGGUACAGAUAAAUUUGGUUUUGGUUUCGGUGGAACUGGCAAAAAGUCAAAUAACAAACAGUUUGAUUCUUACGGACAGAGUUUUGGUUUACAUGAUACAAUCGGCUGUUGGUUGGAUCUAGACAAUUGGACUAUUGGAUUCAGUAAAAACGGUACAUAUCUUGGUGAUGCGUUUAAAAUACCUGCAAAUUUAAAAACAUCUGCAUUUUAUCCAGCUGUUGUAUUAAAAAACGCUGAAAUAUCAUUUAAUUUUGGUGAAUCUUCAUUUAAAUAUGAUAUUCCCAAAGAUUUCUCUGCUGUAAGUAAAGCACCUAGCAAUUGCAUUGAAUUAUCUCAGUGUAAUGCUCCAAAAAUAGAUUCAAAUACAAAAAAACCAAGUAACGCACCAUAUGCAAUAAUUAUUGAACCUUCUAGAGAAUUGGCUGAACAAACUUUUAAUCAAAUUAAAAAGUUUAAAAAAUACCUUGAAGAACCACAAGUUAAGGAUCUUCUAGUAGUUGGUGGUUUUAGUAUUAAAGACCAAAUUGCUGCCUUAUCAUCAGGCGUUGAUAUUAUUGUUGCUACACCUGGCCGCUUGGAAGAUCUUAUAUCUGGUGGUCAUUUAUCUUUAUCUCAGUGUAGAUUUUAUAUACUGGACGAAGCCGAUGGAUUAUUAAAACAACGUUAUACGAAGCUUAUAGACAAUCUUCACGAGAAGAUGCCAAAAGUUUCAAAUGAUGGUAAGAGACUUCAAAUGAUUGUUUGCUCAGCUACACUUCACGAUUUUGAAGUAAAAAAAUUGGCAUCACGUCUCAUGCACUUUCCAACUUGGGUAGAUCUUAAAGGUGAAGACGCUGUUCCCGAGACUGUACACCAUGUCGUGGUUAAUGUUGAUUCCCAAAAGGAUUCAUCAUGGACUUCAUUGAAAAAUCAUAUUCCAACUGAUGGUGUACAUGAUAGAGAUAAUGUAAGAGCACUAAAUACAUCUGAAGCUUUAUCUCAAGGAGUAAAGCUUUUAAAGGGUGAAUACUGUGUCAAAGCUAUAAACAAACACAAAAUGGACAAAGCUCUCAUAUUUUGCCGCACUAAACUUGACUGCGAUAAUUUAGAAAAAUACUUCAAACAACUUGGUUCUUUUUAUACUUGUUGUACUCUUCAUGGAUCACGUAAUGUUAAUGAUCGUAGAAUGAAUUUAGAAAAGUUUAAAAAUGGUGAAAUUAAGUUCUUAAUUUGUACUGAUGUAGCAGCUCGUGGAAUUGAUGUUAAUGGGUUACCCUUCAUGAUUAAUAUGACUUUACCCGAUGAUAAGACUAACUAUGUACACAGAAUUGGCCGUGUGGGUAGAGCAGAACGUAUGGGGUUGGCCGUGUCAUUUGUGGCAACUAUCCCAGAAAAAGUGUGGUAUCACGGUGAAUGGUGUCCAUCCAGAGGACAGAGGUGUUCAAAUACUAACUUAACUACCAGCAAAGGCUGUUGCAUAUGGUACAAUGAACCCCAAUAUUUGGCUGAAAUUGAAGAUCAUUUGAACAUCACUAUACCACAGGUUGAUUCAAAACUGGAUAUUCCUAUGAAUGAAUUUGAUGGAAAAGUCAUGUACGGCCAAAAAAAAACAAAUAAAGGACCCACGUAUAAAAAUCAUUACGACCAACUAUUGUCUACUAUCAAUGAACUCACACAAUUAGAAACUAAGGCUCAAUAUUUGUAUUUGCACAUGCUUAAUAAUUAA